AUGAAGCAGCACCGUGAGGGCCAGAAACCCCAAACAGUGGUGCUCAAGCUGGGCACCAGCUCAAUUGUUGACGAGAAGACCCAUCAGCCCCUGCUGUCUAUUCUUAGUCUUAUUGUCGAGACGGCGGUGAAGUUGAGGAAAGAUGGCCAUAGGGUGGUCAUCGUCUCAUCCGGCGCCAUUGGCGUUGGUCUUCUCCGGAUGGAAAUGGGCAGGCGGCCGAAACACCUGUCGACGUUGCAGGCGUUAGCAGCCAUUGGCCAGUGCAGACUCAUCAGUUUGUGGGACGACUUGUUCAGCCACUUUAGACAGCCUGUCGCCCAGAUCCUCCUUACGCGGAACGACAUAGCGGAUCGGACCCGAUAUCUCAAUGCCCAAAACACAUUCAACGAGCUUCUCGACAUGGGUGUCAUUCCAAUCGUCAACGAGAAUGACACCCUGGCGGUGUCGGAAAUCAAGUUCGGCGACAACGACACGCUCUCUGCCAUCGCCGCCGGCAUGGUCCACGCUGACAUGCUUUUCCUCAUGACCGACGUGGAUUGUCUCUACGACAAGAACCCCAGAACACACCCCGACGCACAGGCCAUUGAAGUAGUUGAAGAUAUUUCCAGCAUCCAAGCGGACGUAUCAACCGCCGGCUCCUCCCUCGGCACCGGCGGCAUGAUGACCAAGAUCGUGGCUGCAAGACUGGCGACAUCCGCAGGCGUGACCACUGUGAUCACCCGCUCCUCCAACCCGGGCAACAUCGUCAAGAUCGUGCGCUACAUCCAGGCACAGCAAAAAUCCUCCCCGCACCUGGACGCCACUGCCAUCCAUGAUGGCGGAGACCACGACACUGACCACGACCACGACCACGACCACGCCGAGGACCCCCUGUCCCAGUCCACCGCCUCCCUGCGCCUCGACCAGGCCGUCGAGAAGCCCCCGUUGCACACCCGCUUCCUCCCCUCCGCGGAGCCGAUCCGCGACCGUCAUUUCUGGCUCAUCCACGGCCUCAAGCCCCACGGCACGCUGUACAUCGACGCCGGCGCCCACAGCGCCCUGCUCCGCAAGGCCGGCCUGCUGCCGGCCGGCGUGAUCGACGUCGACGGCAACUUUGCGCAGCAAGAGGCCGUCCGCCUCGUCGUCGUGGACCGCCUGCACGGCCCGAGCGCGGGCCAGAGCGGCAAGCGGUGGGGCGGGACGCCGGUCGAGGUCGGCCGCGCGCUGGUCAACUACGCCGCGCCCGAGAUCAUGCGCAUCAAGGGCCACCAGAGCUCGGACAUCGGGGGCCUGCUGGGGUACGCCGACAGCGAGUACGUGGCGGAGAGGCAGCACAUCCGCAUCUUCAGCCGCGAGAGCCGGCCAGUGACGCCGAGCAUCGAGAAGGCCAAGGAGCAGAUUGUCGAGGAGGUGAUUUCUGGCAUCACCGGGUAUGAACAGAAGACGUAA